UGAUGAUUCAUGAUUGAUAAAGCAGGUUGUAAACAACGUCACUUGUCAAACUUGGAAUUUGCACAGAAAUUACUCUCUUUCGUCUGAUCCAAUCGACUUGGGUCGUUCGGACGAAAUGUUUGCGAGUGGGCCUAAUUAUGUGAAGCUGAAGACGCACCUUCGGCUGGCCAUCAACCGGCUCAAGCUGCUGGAAAAGAAGAAAACCGAGUUGGCGCAGAAGGCGCGCAAGGAAAUCGCCGACUACAUCGCGGCUGGAAAAGCCGAGAGGGCCAAAAUCAGGGUCGAGCAGAUCAUCAGGGAGGACUACCUGGUCGAGGCGAUGGAAAUCGUCGAAAUGUACUGCGACCUGCUGAUUGCCAGAUUCGGACUCAUCCAGCAAAUGAAAAAUUUGGACGAAGGACUUGCUGAGGCCGUUUCUAGUCUCAUAUGGGUUGCACCACGUCUGCAGUCGGACGUUGCCGAGCUUAAAAUCAUCUCCGACCAACUCACGGCUAAAUAUGGGAAGCAGUACAAUCAGGCCUGUCGUGAAGAGGCUGUGGGAACGAUUUCUGAAAAACUGAAGCACAAACUGAGCGUCCAGGCGCCUCCGAAGUUGCUCGUGGAAAAGUACAUAAUUGAAAUCGCCAAAAUUUACAACGUUCCCUACGAACCUGACCCACAAGUGAUGAUGAACGAGGAUACCGCCGGCUUGGACGCGCUCCUCAUUGACCUGAACAAUGAGAAAAACAACCUCGGUGGCGGAGGCAGGGGUGGAGGCGGCGGCAUGCCCGAGCCUCCAGGUUUCGUUGGAUUUCCUCAACCGCCUGCUCUGCCUUCAGAUUUGCAGCCUUUCAAUUAUCCGUCACCAGGUGGACAGGCGUCCGCAGCAGGUCCUGCUGGUUUUGUUGCUCCUCCUGCUCUGCCAAAUAUUGGGCCGAAUGCAUCAAACUUCUCGUCAGUUGAGCCACAUUUCAGCGCCAAAAGCAGCAAUCUUUCGUACAACAUUCCUCCGGACAACUCGAACGCCUCGGCCAGUGUACCCACUCCGAAAGCAUCACCUAAGAAGGCCAUGAACACCGACCCCCAGAACGACCCACCUCCACCUUACGGAAGCUUUCCCCCAGACGUGAACACAAACAAGGGAGCAAUACCAAAGCCGGCCCCUAGAGCAAAGAUGCCGGACAAUUUCGAGUUGCCUGAAUUGCCUUCAGUACCAGCAGAUGACUUUCCUGCACCUGGCUCUCAAAGCAUAGACAAUGAUGAGAUAGAUUUUGAUGAUCUAACAAGGAGGUUCGAAGAUUUGAAGAAGAAAACAUAAACCUCCUUAGUCUUUAUUUUUAUUAUUUCACAGUUAGAAUUUGCAAAGAUAUAUUUCUUAAAUGCUUCUCUUCUUUAUCAAUGGCAGUAGUAUUUGAAUACAUUUAAAAUUCGCAAAAAUAAAUAAUAAAUUGAAAUAUCUGAUUUCUUUUUUUAGCUUUAAAUGUUGUAUUUUAAUAAUUUUGCUUCUGCUCAUUCUAGUAAUUUAGAUAAAACCAUCAAUGCCAGCAGCAAAAAAUAAUUUUUCUUAAAUUGCUUGUUUCCUCAGUGCCUUUUCUCAAUAAUAAAAUUCAUUGAAAUAAAUCAUAGGCUACAGGCAAAAACUUUCUUAAUUUCAGAACACCUUAAUUAUCAUUUCAAAAAGUUCAAUAAAGGCAAGCUUGAAAAGUUGCACUUUUCAAUGGUGUUAGGCUUUUAGUAUUUUAACUGAAAAAUAUGAAUAAUUCCCAACGUAUUCCAUCCAAAAAUUCCUUUAAAAUAGUGUGAAACGGAUAUUCAUCAAUAACAAAAGUCGCAAGACGUUCUCACGCUUGUCUGAAACGCACCAUUUCGCAACCCACUCUUGGGUGCACAAAUUCUUGGCAAAAGUAAGAGUGCACCCAUGUCGGCCGCCAGGUACCAGGAAACGCGCAUUUUACAAGUUUCACGCACAUUGGGAUGGAAUAAUUUUUUUUGCCCGGUGAGUUUGAUUUUGUUGCGCUCAUUCAUAUUUUGGCAAUAUUGCAGCCAAAUAAGUAUGCAUAUUAAUUAUUAUUUAUGCAUUGCAAAUAAAACAUGAAUAAACUGCUAUAUACCGAUAUAAUACCAUUGAAAGUCUCACGCUGAACAAUGAAC